UUGACUAGAACGAGGAUUGGUGGUGAAGGACAAACAUGUAAGAACGGAAGCUGUGAUUGGUUGAAUGAGAAGCCUCGCGCUGCAGGUCUCUCAGCGUGGACAUAGUGAAGAUGGCGACCUGGUGUGUGCGUGCGAUCAGACAGAGCUCCUCUAUCAUAGCGUCCCCUUCACUUGUAAGGGCGACUCCACGCCUCCUUUGCACAGCAGCCCAACAGAAAAGCUCAGGAACUGGGACUGAAGAAGAGAAACCAGAGCCCAGUGCAGCUGAGAAAGCCUUCAUAGAAGAAAAGACACAACUUGAAGAUCAGCUAAAAGAUAUUACGGAUAAAUACAAGCGGGCUCUAGCAGACACUGAGAACCUUAGGCAAAGGAGUCAAAAGAUGAUUGAUGAUGCUAAGCUUUAUGGAAUCCAGGGCUUCUGUAAAGAUCUCUUGGAGGUGGCUGACAUCUUGGAGAAGGCAACCGAAAGCGUACCAAAAACUGAAAUAUCUACUGCAAAUCCACACCUGAAAAAUCUUUAUGACGGCCUUGUAAUGACUGAGGUGCAGAUCCAAAAGGUCUUCCAAAAACACGGCCUUGUUAAGCUUAACCCUGAUAGUCAGAAGUUUGACCCUUAUGAGCAUGAGGCUGUCUUUCAUGCACCUGUUGAGGGCAAGGAGCCAGGUACCAUAGCUGUAGUUACCAAAGUGGGCUACAAGCUGCACGGUCGCACCCUCCGGCCAGCUCUUGUGGGUGUAGUCAAAGCCCCCUAACUGGUCGUACACACUAUGAUGGUUAUUGCCUGGUCAACUGAUCGGUUUCUGUAAUUUAGCUGGUCUUAGGUUCAACUGAUGUAUUUUUCUUUGUUAAAGGUGCCUCUGAGAGGUGAAAUCCAAUAUAUUGACAACUGAAGGACAAUGCCAGACUAAUCUUUGUGAUUUAAUGAUUAUCAAUAAAAUAAAAAAAAUAGAGCUGUGUGUAUGUGGUAGAAGAUUCAGAGAAUUGAAUUGGCUUUAACCGUAUUCUCUGGAGGAUCAUUACCAUUCCAGGGACUUCUGAGAUCUAAAGAAAAAUAAUCUUUUGAAGAAUCUAAAGCUUUUAAAGAAACACUGCAGCAUAUUACCUUGUUGAACGCAUUUUAUGCUUAUUAAACUUAUUUGCUCUUAUUAAUUACUUUACUGAAGCACGUUACCAGUUUGGUGAUGUCUAUGACAGCAGUUGUGAGAUUACACUUUUGUUUUUUCCAGUGUUAUGCAGGUUUUUGAAUUUAUUUGUAUGAGAGAAUAAUUAGUCUUCUUUACAGAACUUGGAGUAAUAUUUCAUCCAAAAAUAAAAUUUAUAAUUUUACAAUUUACCUACUAGCAGUUGUACUUGUUAACCUUCACCAUUAGUUUCAUGAUGUGGAAACCUGAUGAAAUAUCAUACUUCAGCCCACAGAAUGUAAUAACUACUGAUGUUUUGUGAAGAGCUGGGUAACAGAAGGAUGGCUGCUUAAGAGAUCAGUCAUUUAGAAAUCGUGGUUGUAAUAUGAAUAGAAUGAUGCCAUGCUAAUGGAAAAAAGUUUUAAACGUAAGAUUUAAAAGGUUAACUUUUCCAUCUAUGUGAACAAGCAGACAACUGUCAAAUAAAGCAUGUACCUCUUUUCAAA